AAAAGAUCCAAUAACAAAUAAAAUCGAAGAACAAAAAAUUGCUCAGAAUGGCAACGAAUUGUGAAUUUCAUACAGUACAAAUAGACGAUGCAAAUUUUACAGUGCCUGUGCGUUAUCAAGAUCUCAAACCCAUUGGUACGGGGGCGCAGGGUAUUGUUUGUUCAGCCGUAGAUACUUUAAACAAACAACAUGUGGCCAUUAAAAAACUAUCGAAACCAUUUCAAAAUGUAAUACAAGCGAAGAGAGCCUAUCGUGAAUUGAAACUGUUAAAGAUAGUGAAUCAUAGAAAUAUCAUACGUUUGUUGGAUGUUUUCACCACAGACAAGACACUUGCAGAAUUUCAAGAUGUUUAUAUGGUAACGGAGCUAAUGGAGGCGAAUUUAAAUAGUGUUAUACAUAUAGGUUUGGAUCAUGAUAGAUUGUCAUAUCUGAUCUAUCAGAUAUUGUGUGGUAUUAAGCAUUUACAUACAGCCGGCAUAAUACACAGGGAUUUGAAACCCUCUAAUAUUGUUGUGAAAUCGGAUUGUAGUUUAAAAAUAUUAGAUUUCGGUUUGGCGCGCAAAAGUUCUUCUUCUUCGUCACACAUGAUGACAGCGUAUGUAGUUACUCGUUACUAUCGUGCUCCAGAGGUUAUAUUAGGCAUGCGUUAUAAGGAAAAUGUAGACAUUUGGUCUAUAGGCUGUAUAAUUGGUGAAAUUGUACGUGGCAGUAUAUUAUUUCGUGGUACUGAUCAUAUGGAUCAAUGGAAUAAAAUUAUUGAACAACUGGGUACACCACCAGAAUCGUUUCUUGCUACAUUAUCGGCUACAGUUCGUAAUUAUUUGAGAACUUUACCCAAUUGUCGGGGAUAUACGUUUGAGCGUCUUUUUCCCGAUGCCUUGUUCGAAAGAUUUAAUGGAGAGUGUGAUGGAAAUAAUUGUAGAACUGAAGAUGCUAGAGAUUUAUUGAGUAGAAUGUUACGAAUCGAUCCGGAUGAACGUAUAUCGGUGGACGAAGCUUUAAGGCAUAAUUACAUUAGCCUUUGGUAUGAUGAGCAGGAAGCUAAUGCUCCAGCACCAGAGGUAUAUGAUCAGAGUUUAGACGAUGAGGAACAUACAAUAGAUGAAUGGAAAAAAAUGGUCUUUGAAGAAAUAAUGCAGGGUAGUGAAAAGUCAGAUGAUUGAAAUCUUUUAGUUUAAGGUAUUAUAGAUCAUGUUAUUUUUAGUUUAAAAUAAAGAAACAAUAAAGAUUUUUAAGAUUUAAUAAUA